CGCAGGUCCCCCCGUGGCCAGGACGGAGCCGGAGGAGAUGGAAGCACCGGGAUGCACCGGCUCAGCGUGGCUGGUGGUCCCCAAGGCGGAGGUGACCCCCGAGGACGGCGCGGAUGAUCCAGGGGACCCAGAGCUGCACGACUCAGGGCCGUGGCUGGUGCGGAAGGUGAAGGUGGAGGAGGAGGACGAGGCCGAGGCCUGGGCGGCCGCAGUCGGGGCCGGGGCCCCGCUGGGCGCGCGGCCGCCGCCCGGCGCCUUCCCCCCGGACCCCGCCGGGACGCCGGGGCGCGCCGGCGCCUGCAAGGCGGAGGAGCCGUGCCCGGAGGAGCUGGCAUACGGGCUGCUGCCGGCCUGGGAGCCGGGGCCGUGCCCGGACGGGCUCGGGCUCGGCUUGGGGCUCGGCGCGGGCGAGGGGACGAGCCCUGGCGCCGCGGGGCGCGGGCGCUGCCCGCAGCCCGGCCCGCGGCCCUUCUGCUGCCCGCAGUGCGGGAAGGCCUUCGGGAAGAAGGCGCACCUGACGCGGCACCUGCGGGUGCACACGGGCGAGCGGCCCUUCCCCUGCCCGCACUGCGGCCGCCGCUUCCGGCAGCGCAUCCACCUGCGCUCCCACCUGCGCACGCACACGGGCGAGCGGCCCUACCCCUGCCCGCGCUGCGCCCGCCGCUUCCGCAAGAAAACCCACCUGGACCGGCACCUGCGCACGCACACCGGCGAGCGCCCGCACCCCUGCCCGCGCUGCGCCCGCCGCUUCGCCCACCGCCAGCACCUCCUGCGGCACCUGCGCCUGCACGGGGACCCCGCGCCCGCCCACGGACUCCGCGCCGGGGACGGGCGCGGGGCCGGCCCCGCCGAGGAGCGGCCGCCGCCCUGCCCGGCCUGCGAGAUCGGCCUCGCCUGGAAGCAGAGCCCGGCGUCGCCGCCGGGGCCGCCCGCGGGAGCGGCGCCCGGAGCCGGGAACGGACACGCGGAGGAGCGCCGGGACGCGGGCGGGGAGGGCCCGGCCGAGGAGCUGCUGCUCAUCUGCCCCCAGUGCGGCACCAGCCGCGCCUGGAAGCCGAACGCGUCGCCGCACCCCUGGCGGCACCCGGAGAACCGAGCCCUCGGCUGUGCCCGGGACCCCCGGCACCCCCUGCAGCCCCCGCAGGAGCCCCCAGCCCAGGACCCCCAGCACCCCUCGGAGCUACCCACGGCCGAGCCCCCCUUCAUGCAGGACCCCCAGCUCCUGUCACAGGUGCCCGGUGCCAACUGCGCCCUCGGCUGCGCCCAGGACCCCCCGCCCCUCCCGCAGCCCCCGCAAGCGCCCGGUGCCCAGGACCACCAGCAGCAGCCACGGGCGCCGGGUGCCAAAAGCGGCCGGGGCUGUGCCCAGGACCCGCAGGAUCCCCCGCAGGUGCCGCCUGCCCAGCGCCCCUUCGCCUGCCCCCAGUGCGGGCGCGGCUUCGGGCGCAAGGCGCACCUGGCGCGGCACCUGCUGGUGCACUCGGGCACCCGGCCCCACGCCUGCGCCCGCUGCGGCCGCCGCUUCAGCUCCAAAACCAACCUGGCCCGGCACCAGGCCGUGCACACGGGGCUGCGGCCCCACCGCUGCCCCCGCUGCGGCCGCGGCUUCACCCGCAAAACUCACCUGGAGCGCCACGAGCGCACCCACGGCACCGGCGCCGGGAUGGGCACAGGGACGGGCACGGCCACCACCGGUGCGGGGAUGGGCACGGCCACCGCUGCCGGUGGCACCGGCAUCGCCGGGGCCCAGCUGAGCUGGCCAGAGCCCCCCACCCUCUGCCCCUGAACGCCCGGAGGUGCCAGGGGCUCCGGUGGGUGCCGAUGGUGAAUCCUUGGCACUGCGGUGUCAGGAUGUGCUCCUGGGAGGUGCCACGGGCACUGAUGGCUGCCGGUGGCGAGUCCCGGCGCCGGGAUGUGCCGGGGGACCCGGUGGCACAUCCUGAGCACUGGGAAGUGCCGGCUUCCCCAGUGGCUGCCAGUGCUGCGUCGCUGGCAGCCUGUGCCGGGCUGUGCCGGGCUGUGCCCGUGCCCGCAGCGGCGCCGGUGGUGACCCCUGAGCCCUGGGAUGUGCCGGAAGGUGCCAGGAUGCACUGGUGCCACAUCCUGAGCACCGGGAUGUGCCGGAAGGUGCCAGGAUGCGCUGGU